CUAUCGUCUCAUCCUGCACAAAACCGGAAGAAACGGAUGGUGGCUGGCGAGGUCCAAACCUCCCCCGUCUUCCCACCGCUUCUCUUUCCCCGCCUCCUCCGCGGAAGCCGAGCGCCAAACUCAAACUUCAGCAAGCCCCGGACGCCUUUCAGGCGAGAACCGCGGGCCGGGCCUGUGGACUUUUCCGUACACCGGCUGGGGGAGCGGGCCACCAUGAGCCAGGUUCUGUUCCAGGAACUAGUCCCGCUGCAGGUGAAAUGCAAAGACUGCGAGGAGAGGAGAGUAAGUGUUAGAGUGAGCGUUGAACUACAAUCAGUUUCUAAUCCAGUUCACAGAAAGGAUUUAGUUAUCCGUCUGACUGAUGAUACUGAUCCAUUUUUUCUGUAUAACCUUGUUAUAUCUGAGGAGGAUUUUCAGAGUUUAAAAUUCCAGCAAGGUCUUCUGGUAGACUUCUUAGCUUUCCCACAAAAAUUUAUAGAUCUCCUUCAGCAAUGUACUCAAGAACAUACCAAAGAAGUUCCAAGGUUUUUGCUACAGUUAGUUUCUCCAGCUGCUAUUUUGGAUAACUCACCUGCCUUUUUAAAUGUGGUAGAGACAAAUCCUUUUAAACAUCUUACACACCUCUCACUGAAAGUUUUACCUGGAAAUGAUGUGGAAAUAAAGAAGUUUCUAGCAGGCUGUUUGAAAUGUAGCAAGGAAGAAAAACUAUCAUUGGCACAAUCACUAGAGGAUGUUACUAGGCAACUGAAUUUCACACAAAAGACAUUAUCAGAAAAAAUCCAAGAAUUAGAUAAGUUACGGAAUGAAUGGGCAUCGCACACAACAGCAUUGUCAAAUAAGCAUUCUCAGGAACUGACAAAUGAGAAGGAAAAAGCCUUACAGGCACAGGUUCAGUACCAACAGCAGCAUGAACAACAGAAGAAAGAUUUAGAAAUGCUCCACCAGCGGAACAUCCAGCAGUUGCAGAGCAGAUUGUCUGAGUUGGAAGCAGCUAAUAAAGACCUAACCGAAAGGAAGUAUAAAGGAGACUCCACCAUCAGAGAACUUAAAGCAAAACUAUCUGGUGUUGAAGAGGAGCUUCAGCGGGCUAAGCAAGAAGUCCUCUCUUUGCGAAGAGAGAAUUCUACACUAGAUGCUGAAUGCCAUGAAAAAGAAAAGCAUAUUAAUCAGCUACAAACAAAAGUGGCUGUUUUAGAACAAGAAAUCAAGGAUAAGGACCAGCUUGUUUUAAGAACAAAGGAAGCAUUUGAUACAAUCCAGGAACAAAAGGUGGCUUUAGAAGAAAAUGGUGAGAAAAAUCAGGUACAACUAGGAAAACUUGAAGCUACAAUAAAAUCAUUAUCUGCUGAACUUCUUAAGGCAAAUGAAAUUAUCAAGAAAUUACAAGGGGAUCUGAAGACUUUAAUGGGUAAAUUGAAACUGAAGAAUACAGUAACUAUUCAGCAAGAGAAACUCCUGGCUGAGAAGGAAGAAAAAUUACAAAAGGAACAAAAGGAAUUACAAGAUGUUGGACAGUCUCUCAGAAUUAAAGAGCAAGAGAUAUGCAAAUUACAAGAACAGUUAGAAGCCACGGUUCAAAAACUUGAAGAAAGCAAACACCUUCUAAAAAAUAAUGAAAAGUUAAUCACGUGGUUAAAUAAAGAACUAAAUGAAAAUCAGCUAGUGAGAAAGCAAGAUGUAUUGGGACCUUCUGCCACUCCACCCGUACAUUCUAGUAGCAACACAAUCAGAAGUGGAAUUUCUCCUAACUCUAAUGUGGUUGAUGGUAGACUGACUUACCCAUCUUGUGGGAUGGGUUAUCCUGUCUCCUCUGCAUUUGCAUUCCAGAAUACCUUUCCUCAUCCUAUAUCUGCCAAAAAUACCAUCCACCCAGUUUCAGGACCAAAGGUUCAUUUUAACUUGCAGUUUACAAAACCAAACACAUCACUAGGAGAUGUUCAGUCAGGAACAACUGUUAAUAUGCCUUGCUCAACUGACAAGGAAAAUGGUGAAAAUUUAGGGCUGGAAUCCAAAUAUCUGAAGAAAAGGGAAGGUAGCAUUCCUUUACGUGGGCUCAGCCAGAAUCUAUUUAAUAAUGCAGACCAGCAGAAAGAUGGCACUGUAGGAGGAGCAUUACAGACAGCUUCGAAACCCGCAGUGCUCCCCCCGGCUGCUUCAGCCUAUUUCCCUGGGCAGUUACCAAACAGUUAAUCAUAGUCUUGUCUUUUUUCAUUGAAAUUUUAGAAAUUCAUGUGGUUUAAAAAUGUAUUAACAGCAUAGAUCAAAUCCUGAACAAGCAAGUUUCAGUUUACUUGAUCCUCUAUCAGGUUCAGAUCCUUUAAGUACUGCUGUCGUUUCCUGCAGUUUAGAGGAACAGAUUUGUGCUGGGGGAUUGGUGAAGAUUCUGAGUAGAUGACACUUUUUAGAUUGUGAACAUAGUGUUUUAUAGAAUAAUAUUAUGAAUUUUAUUAAACCAAUCCUUAGAAAUUCUCUUAAGUUCUAAGGAAAGAGUUGAUCCUUAUCAGGGACAUUCGAAUCAUAUUGAAUAUCUGGGUAAAUUAAAACCUGCUCAGACAUAACAGUAUGAAACUAAAGAAUACUAAUAAUUCAUUUUAUCAUUUUAAUUGGCAAAAUAAAAGUUUUAAAUUUACCACCUGAGAAUUAUGAGGGAAAAUAAUUAUCUCCUAAGAUGUGUGUAUUAUUGACAUUUUCAGUAAAGUCCUAAAAUCAGCUUAAAUUACUGAAUUAAUCCUUCAUAGCUAGUAAAUAUUUUCCUUGAAGCCUUUAAAUGGACUAUUAAGUCGAUUAAGUAAUUUUGAUAAAUUUAUUAUAUAAAUAAUUUGGACAAUCUAUUUACUUGACCUGAUUGGGUAUGAAGUGCUUUAGUCAUUUGAGCUGCCAAGUUUAUAGGAUUUGAAUGCUUUCUGGAAGUCUACACUAAAUCCAGGUUUUCUCUUUUAUUUGAGUUUUAUUAGUUUGUUACGCAAAUCUGUAUUAGUGGAAUUUUGUUUUAAAAAUUGUACUAUACAAAAUCUUUACUAUAAGAACAUCAUGAAUAUUCAUUGUUUAUAUCAGAACGGGUUCAUUUUAAUGUUUGCUUAAUAACGUAUGCAAAAUAAUUAACUACUGGAAGAAGUUACAACUCCCUUCUCUUCCAUAACUCAAAGUUUCGAGUAAGAAUUGUUCCUUGGAAAAAAUCAGGUGCUUUAAAAAAAUUCACGCAGAAUCAUAGGGUCCCAUUGUUUUCUUGUUGACAACCAUCCAAAACAGAGGAGCAUUCUCAAGAAACUGCUAAAUCAGUUUUUGUUUGCAAAGAUUGCUAAUGCUCAUGUGAUAUUUUAAAAAUUUUCAAGGACCUUAACACAGAUGAAGAGAGAGGCAUUUCAAGAUAUUAAUGACAUACUGACAUUAUUGGGUUCCAUGAUAAGACAAAGAAUCUUUGCUAAUUUUUUUAUGAAGCCACAACAGUCUUAUACUUUGAAACUGUACUGGCAAUUGCAAGCUGUCUUAAACUAAGGAUCCAGUCUAAAACAUUUAAUAACUAUUAUUAGGUAGUGACUUUUCAUAUAGAGUUCUUCCCUCAUUUAGAUGUAUUAGAAUACUUGGUUACAAUAACUUGAAAGCACUUACUAAUCUGGAAAGAAGCCUCGUGGGGAUAUUAGAAUCUUUCUUGUACAUACUAUGUAAUAUAUACAAAACAUUGCGACAGGGUUUGGAUGCAAUACAUGACAUACCAGUAGUUUUUUUCUUCUUUAAAUACAUAUAUCCUUUUCUAUAUCCACACAUGGAAAAUUAGAAUUUUCAAAAGAUAGGAUAAUUUUGAUAUUAACUCGCUGAAGAUUUUUUGUAUUAAAUGUAUAUAUAUAUACAGACUUUUGAGUGUGCUAAUUCUUUGCCCUACCUCUUAAACUUUAUUUGAAAUUUUUUUGCAAUGUAAAAUUGUACAUGUGUUAAUAAUCAAAAUGCUGCGUUUAAUGUAUUUCUGUAAACUGUGAGAGCUUUGUUAAUAAAGUAUUAUUUUGGGAGUAUGACAUAGAAAGUAUAUAAAAACAGAAA